UGUGUGUCAGUCAGCUGUGUGUCAGUCCGCUGUGUGUCAGUGAGCUGCAGGGAUGGCGCACCACGAGCAGAGCACAGCCACUUUCCCAGAACACAUCCGCAAGAAACGGAACGGUGAACAGCUGAGCGCUGGGGAGAUCCGAGACUUCGUACAGGGUGUCAAGGACAAGACCAUCCAAGAGAGCCAGAUUGGAGCCAUGCUGAUGGCAAUCUGGCUGCAGGGAAUGGUAGCAGAGGAGACUCUCACACUGACGAAGGAGAUGAUGAUGUCAGGGGAAGUGAUGUCAUGGCCGGCAGAGUGGGAGGGGCUAAUGGUGGAUAAACACUCGACAGGUGGAGUGGGGGACAAGAUCAGCCUGGUGCUGGCUCCUGCUCUGGCUGCCUGCGGCUGCAAGGUACCCAUGAUAAGUGGCAGAGGUCUGGCACACACAGGCGGCACGCUCGACAAACUGGAGUCCAUCCCUGGCUUUAACGUCUAUCAGUCUGUACAACAGCUGCAUCGAAUCCUGGAGGAGGUUGGCUGUUGCAUUGUAGGACAGACAGAUAACCUGGUGCCUGCUGACAAGGUCAUGUAUGCUCUGAGAGACGUUACGUCUACAGUCGACAGCCUCCCACUCAUCACAGGCUCUAUCAUCUCUAAGAAGGGUGCUGAGUCUCUGAGUGCCUUGGUUCUGGAUGUGAAGUUUGGGAAUGCAGCUCUCUACAAAGACCUGGGCAGUGCCAAGUUGCUGGCCCAGUCCAUGGUGACAGUUGGGAACAGUUUGGGGAUCCACGGGGCGGUGCUUAGUCGUAUGAACUGUCCUAUUGGUCGCUGUGUGGGGAACACUCUGGAAGUGAUGGAGUCCCUGGAGUGUCUAAAGGGGAGGGGCCCAGACGACAUACUGGAGCUGGUCACAAGUCUGGGUGGGCUGCUGUUGUGGAUGAUUGGCCGUGCAGGGAACCUGGAGGAGGGUAAAAAGGUGAUCUCUACAACCCUGCAGAAUGGUGCAGCCCUGGAAAAGUUCCAGAACAUGAUGAUUGGUCAGGGAGUAACCAGUCAGAUUGCUGCAUCACUCUGUUCAACCAAUGCAGACUACCACAGCAUCCUGAGACGGGCACACUACCAGACAGAACUGGAGACACAGGGCCAUGGGACAGUGCUGGACAUAGACGGCAUGGUCAUUGCUCAGGUGCUGCACAGGUUGGGGGCGGGACGUUCGAAGGCUGGAGACCCUGUCAAUCACAGCGUGGGGGCGGAGCUUCUGGUGUCUUUGGGACAGAAGGUGGAGAAAGGGCAGGCAUGGCUGCGUGUCCACUACGAGACUCCGGCGCUGAGUGCAGAGCAGAGACUCAGUCUACAAGGGGCGCUGACACUGGGGCCCGUCGACCAGCUACACACACAGCCACUAGUGGCAGAAAUCAUACUGCCAUAGUGACACAAAUCCACUCUAUGUUAAAGCUUGAUUGGGAGAUGACCUGCCUUUGGGAAUCUCAGUGUUUUAUUUUUAAAGGAUGUAUAGUUCAGAACUAAAGCCUCUGUGUCCUGCUCUUCACUCUCAAAGCCCUCUCUGAUUCACCCAUAUAAAGUCAUCAGAUUCUGUGGAGACUGAAUAGAUGUUUCCCUUUUCCAGGAACUGUGUGAAGGCAAUUUCUGUUAAACCUUACUGAUGCUUGUGUACUAAAAUAUCCUUCUUUAAGCCUCUGCAUUAGGCUUGAGAUGGUUAAAGAAACUCAUAUAAGAUAUAAAAGUGUGUGUGCACAUUAAUAGAGGCAUGUUGUAACUGUUCUGGGUGUGUAGAAUGACCCCAGGAUGUCUGUGAGCUCAGCCAAUACUUGACAGGAACUGACUGGUUCCUCUUUAGUUAACUGGAGACAGAGUAAAGGUUUUAUCCUGCA